UCAUGCUGCUGCCAGGUCCAGAGUCUCUCAUGGGUCCCUGUACGGCCUCCCAUUGCUGCUGUCUCCAUCGCCACACUCUGCCAUGUGCCACUUUCAGGUCUCCUCACACACUGCUGGUGUGUUCAAUUUUUUGACAUAGGGUGCUGGCAGAUUACGGGCCUCCCAUAGCUGCUGCCAGGCCCCUAAUCUGCCAUGGGCCCCUAUACCGCCUCCUCAUGCUGCUGCCAGGUCCAGAGUCUCUCAUGGGUCCCUGUACGGCCUCCCAUUGCUGCUGUCUCCAUCGCCACACUCUGCCUGCCAUGUGCCACUUUCAGGUCUCCUCACACUGCUGGUGUGUUGAAUUUUUUG